UUGUUUAUUUUGGUUCAAUUUCGGUUCUAGUAGCUAAUAAUUUAAAUUAUUUGUUAAUACAAAUUACUUAUCAAUGAACCUCAAUUAAUUUUUGUGUUAGUCGUUAUAAUUUAACGAAAUUUAUAAUCAGUGAUACCUAGUGCCGACUGCAGAGAUAUAUCAAUAUGGAUAUGGAUGAUGUCUUAGCCGAAAUUGGAGAAUGGGGUCGUUAUCAAAAACUUGUGGUUUGGCUCAUUCUACUUCCGGGUGUUUUACCAUGCGGUUUUCAUGCAUAUGAUCAACUAUUUAUGGCUGCUGUACCGCCACAUUGGUGUCGUGUGCCAGAAUUAGAUCCAUGGGUUCAAAAUCAUAUGAAUCAUGUUAUCAAUAUUAGUAUUCCAUUCGAAAAUAAAGAUGGUACGUGGAAACCCAAUGAAUGUAAUGUUUAUGUGCGAAAUUAUUCAACGUUAUCGAAAUUGAGUGGACUUCAACAAUUUAUUAAUGUCCCUUUUGAUACGCCAACUAAAUUCUGUGAUCAUGGAUGGCAUUUUGAUAGAAGUGAUUAUAUUUCAACCGUAGUUACUGAGUGGAAUUUAGUUUGUGAUAAAAAAUUUUACCUGACCUUGGCAUUAAUGUUGUUUGGAGUUGGAGGUCUUGUUGGAAAUUACAUAUUUGGAUAUGUGCAAGACAGUCUAGGUAGACGGCCAGCAUUUUUUAUAUAUUUGGCAAUCCAAUGUUUUUUCGGCAUAGCAACCGCAUUUGCAAGAGAUUAUACAACGUGGCUCAUAUUUAGAAUUGGUGUAGGGUUUACAGUACCAGCAAUUUUAGGAACUCCAUAUGUGUUAGCUAUCGAAUUGGUUGGAACUAAAAAAAGAACACUAUGUACGAUAUUAAUUAAUAUUGCUUAUUCAUUGGCACUAAUUCUUUUAGCGAUUCUCGUUUGGGCUAUACGCGAUUGGAGAUUAUUAGCAUUAUCAACCACACUUCCAUUUGUAUCAUUCUUUUUAUUUUGGUGGGCUUUACCGGAAAGUCCACGAUGGUUAUUGGCAAGAGGAAAAUUCCAAGAAGCAGAUAAGAUAUUUAGGAAAAUAGCAAGAAUGAAUAAAACACGUUUACCGCCAAAUUACUUAACUCUGUUAAAACGUAAAUACGAUUCUGAUCGUUUAUUAUCAAAGAAGAGUGAUACACAACAUUACGGUGUAUUAGAUUUAUUUAAAACGCCAAAUUUAUGUCAAAAAACAUUAAUAAUCACAUUUAUUUGGUUUACUAACACAAGCGUGUACGUUGGAUUGUCAUAUUAUGCACCAGCUUUAGGUGGAGAUGAAUUCCUAAACUUUUUUUUGGCUGGUGCUGUUGAAUUACCAACUUAUAUAUUCUUAUGGCCUGCCAUGGAUUGGAUUGGUAGAAGAUGGACGUUAUGUGCUAGCAUGAUUAUUGGUGGAGUUGCUUGUUUGGCAACAUUUUUAGUAAAAAAUGAUUCCGAAAUAACGCUUGCAUUAUAUUGCAUUGGAAAAAUGGGUAUUUCGUCAUCUUUUGUAGUAUUGCCUUUAAUGGCUUCAGAACUAUAUCCUACUGUUGUAAGAGGCUUAGGAAUGAGUAUGAGUUCUGUGCUGGGAAUGCUUGGACCAAUUUUUAUUCCACUAGUUAAUUAUUUGGGUGGAGAAAUGUUAAUAUUACCUUUGUUGAUUAUGGGUGUAUUAUUAAUAGCUGGUGGAAUAAGCAGUCUUUUAUUACCAGAAACAUUAGGUCAAACAUUACCUCAAAGUUUAGCAGACGGUGAAAAAAUUGGUAUAGGUUGUAUGAAUUUAUGCAAUACUCGUGACCAAAAAGAAGAAAAUAAAUUAAAAAUGAAGAGCGAAGAGACAGCUGUUUGAAAAUUGUGGAUAUUAUACUUAUUUGUUUAUGUUGUU